AAAUGGCUAGGGGCUGGGUCUGGAAUUUGGCUGCCUGGAUACCUGAGUUCCAAGUUCUGCUUGGUCCUUUGUCAAGUCAGUGAGGUUAUCUCCUUGGGUCCCCCUUUUCAGUCUUUUCCUCUGACAGGAUCUCUACAAAGGAUCCCUGAGCUGACGACUUUGGCACCCACUGUUCCUGUGAAGAACUGAGUGUAGCCAGUGUCUCAACUUCCAAAAGACAAGGAGCUUAUAAAGAAGGCUGUGUUGUGUCAUGUGCCAUUCUCACUGAUAAUGUCCUUGGCUAAUACAGGGCAGAUUCAUCAGGAUGAGCAUGUACUACCACCUACCAACUCUUCUGGAGCUGGCUGCACAGAGCCUAGUGGAAAAUGAGACCUUGGCCAUCGCUGCUUUGGAGGAGCUGCCCGUGGACAUCUUCCCACCUCUGUUCAUGGUCGCCUAUGCUGAGAGAUGCAGAGAGAUCCUGAAGGCAAUGGUGCAGGCCUGGCCCUUUGCCUGCCUUCCUCUAGGGGCCCUGAUGAGGAAACAGCAGCCUCACCAGGAAAACUUCCAAGCUGUGCUCAACGGACUUGAUGAGCUGCUGGCUCAGGAGGUUCGCCCCAGGCGGUGGAAAUUACAAAUGCUGGAUUUACGCCUGAAAACACAUCAGAACUACUGGACCAUAUGGUCUGGAACCAGGACUGGUCUGUGCUCAUUGAAGGAGAGAGAGGAUGUUCAGCUGAUGAAGACAAAGGCAAAUGUGGAUGGUUCCAGGAUGAGGGCCAAACAGCCUUUGGGUCGCAUAGAGGUACUUGUAGACUUGCAUCUAAAGAACGGCAUGUAUGACCAAUUGCUCACCUCUCUCAUUAGGAAGGUCAAGCAGAAGAAAGGUUUACUAUACCUACAUUGUAAGAAACUGAGCAUUUUACCAAUUCCCUUCCAAAAUAUUAAGAGGAUCAUGAAAGUGGUGCAGCUGGAUUCACUCCAGGAAUUGGAAGUGCGUGGAUCCUGGAAAUUGUCCACCCUGGGGAUGUUUGCUCCUUACCUGGGCCAGAUGAGUAAUCUGCACAGACUCCUCUUCUCCCACAACCACACUUAUCCCUACACGUCCCUGGAGGAAAAGAAAAUGUAUGUCAACCAGUUCCGCUCACAAUUACUCAAUCUGCCUCACCUCCAGGAGCUGUGUUUUGAUUCUGUGUCUUUUGUGGCAGGCUGCCUGAACCACAUUCUCAGGUACUUGAGGUGCCACCUGAAGAUCCUCUCUGUCACCAACUGCCUGCUUUUGGAGUCAGAUUUGAUACAUCUCUCCCAGUGUCCCCAAAUCAGUGAGCUAAAGAACCUUAAUCUAACCAGGGUUAACAUGACCAGCAUACGUGCUGAGUCCCUCCAAGCUCUGUUAGAAAGAGUUUCUGCCACCCUCCAGCAUCUUAGCUUAAGUGAGUGUGGAAUUACAGAUCCUCAGCUCACUGCCAUUCUACCUGUCCUGAGUCACUGCUCCCAGCUCAUGACCUUUGACUUCUGUGGGAACCCAAUCUCCAUGGCCAUGCUAAAGAACCUCCACCAGAACCCUAGGCUGAGCAAGCUAUGCCACAUGAUAUAUCCUGCCCCACUGGAGAGUUAUGAAGAUGUCCCAGGUACCCUUCAACUGGGGAGACUCGCUCAACUGCACAACACGCUGAAAUGGAUGUUGCAUGAGUUAGGGAGGCCGAAUAUGGAUGGCUUUGGUCCCAACCCCUGCUGUCAUUGUGGUCUCAGUACCUUCUGUGAGCUGAGCCCCUAAGUCCUGCCUGCUUAGCUUUGUUCAGGCAAAUGGGCACUGAAGCUCAGAAUGUGUUUCUAGAAAAAAAGCAUAGAGGUCACAGUUGUUGAGAUCUUUGGGGAGACAUAUUAUAUAGAAUGAUAACUUGAAUCUGAAUUUCUAGAGGGGGUAGAGUUACAUGUAGGAGAUGUCCCUACAUGGAUGGUUGUAAUGAAAUGGCUAGAAAUAAAA